AUGGCGAAUCUUGUUCCCGGAGUGCUUUUGAAGCUUUUACAACACAUGAAUACAGAUGUGAAGGUUGGUGGUGAACACAGAUCAUCCCUUUUACAGGUUGUAAGCAUUGUUCCAGCUCUUGCAGGUGGUGAGCUUUUCCCAAAUCAAGGUUUUUAUCUGAAGGUUUCAGAUUCAUCUCAUGCUACUUAUGUUUCUUUGCCUGAUGAACAUGAUGAUUUGAUUUUGAGUGAUAAGAUUCAAUUGGGUCAGUUUGUUUUUGUUGAUCGGUUUGAAGCUGGUUCUCCUGUUCCUGUGAUUAGGGGUGUUAAGCCUGUUCCUGGUAGACACCCUUGUGUUGGUAGUCCUGAGGAUAUUGUUGCCACUCAUGAGCUUUCAUUUCUUGAUAACAAUGGUAGUGAUACUAGGAGGAAUAAGAAUAAUGUUGUUUCUUCUGAGAGUCCUAGGAAUGUGUUUGGUAGCCAUAGGAAUGUGUUUGGUGUGAAGGAGAAAGAGAAGAAGGAGAGAGGGAGGUUGAGUUUUGGUGGUGUUAUUGUUAAGGAGGAAGGGUUAGAGAAGAAGGAGAGACUGAGAUUGAGUUUUGGUGGUGCUAGUAGUGUUAAGGAGGAAGGGUUAGAGAAGAAAAGAGGGUUUUUUGGUAGAGGUAGUAGUAAAAGUGAGUCUUUGAAAACAAAACCGGUGUUGAAGAUUGAUGUGAAGAGGGAAUUGUUACCUCACCCGUUACCUAGAGUGAGGUCGGCGAGUUCGAAGUCGAUUCCUUCUUCGCCUAGUAGUGUUUAUUCAUUGCCGAAUUCUUUUGAGAAAUUCUCUAAUGGUGUUAAGCAGCAGAGGGCAAAGGCUCUAAGAAAGAGUUGGGAAGGAACUAUGGAGAUCAAGACUAAAGAGUCUUCCAAAAUCAAGGGCACUGCUGCUAAGCCGGUAGUUCAAAGCUCGAUUCCUAGGAGAAGCAUGGCGACUGAUAAGUUACCGUCUAGAGAGGUUAAAGCCCCGAUAAAGCCCUCUAAGGAAGAACACAAGGCUCAAGUAUCUAUAAAGAAGGUGACUUCUAAUGGAAAUAUAGAGGAACAAGAGAAAUCAAGUAAGCAAAGGAUUUCCUUUGUAAAGAAAUCGGCAGAAGUUUCUAACAACGGAUUACCCGGAAACAUGGUCAAAGUUUCCCUAAGUACUAGAAAAGUGACAGAUUCAAGUGUUCAAUGGGCGUCACUCCCGUCAUCUAUUUCAAAGCUCGGAAAGGACGUAAUGAAGCACAGAGAUUCUGCACAGCUGGCUGCAAUUGAGGCUAUGCAAGAAGCCGCAGCUGCCGAGAGUUUGUUACAAUGCUUGAGUAUAUAUUCGGAGCUGACUAAUUCUGCGAAGGAGCAUAACCCACAGCCAGCAGUAGAGCAGUUUUUAUCGCUUCAUGCAAGCCUAAAUAGUACCCGGACGAUUGCAGAAUCCUUAUCUAAACCCAUUCCAGAUGGUUCAUCUCCGGAUUCCGAAAAUAGCAAACUGGAAGAAGCACUAAAACAAAAAUCAGAUAGACAAAAACAAGCGGCUUCUUGGGUCCACGCAGCCCUGGCCACCAACCUGUCAUCUUUCGCUGUUUAUUCAAAAGAAGCUUCGAGUAAUAAUUCUCAAAUUCAAAAGACUGCAGUUGGAAUUCAACCCGCGUUAGUCCUACACAAUUCAAGCGAAAAUUCAUCGUCAAAACUUCGUGUAAAAUCUCGUCCGAUAGUUCAUUCCAAGCUUGUCUCACAAGGCAUCAUUCCUCGUAAAUCGACCGAUUCAGCAAAUGGACACAAGCAACCAGUCCAACCACCCCCAGAGUGGAUUAAAGGAAAUAGUCUCGACGAGGUGGUUGGUUUGGCUGAAAUGUUGCAGGUACAAUCCCGAGACUGGUUUUUGGGAUUCGUUGAAAGAUUCUUGGACAGUGACGGCGACACUACCUUGUCGGAUAAUGGACAAAUAGCAGGUAUGCUCACUCAAUUAAAGAGCGUAAACGAUUGGUUAGACGAGAUAGGAUUGAGCAAAGACGAAGAAGAAUCAUUCCAGAUAUCAGCAGAGACAAUUGACCGACUGAGGAAGAAGAUAUACGAAUAUCUUCUCACACACGUCGAAUCCGCUGCAGCUGCACUUAGCGGCGGAUCACAAUCACAAGCAUUGCCUCGGAUUCAAACAUCACAUGUUAAAGCCAAAAGGUGA